UAGUAGUGGGAAGGCGAAGGUUUCGGUUUCUGUUGCGUUUGAAACGUAAGUAUGGGGAUGCGGGGAACAUUUGAUGCUCGGUUGCGUAUUGUAUGAUGAGCUCACGAACAGGAGUUCCGGCUUUGACGAUCGGAUGUGAAACUAGCUUGUGCAAAUGUUUGGACGGGCUCUCGAGAGCUUUUUCCGUUGAUAGCACUAUUAGGCACGGCGCUUAUCAAAUUAGACCGCUUCUGUAUGUAACAGUCAGCGCAGAAUGUGGAAGUGCAUUCAUUCGUGGAUCGCAGCAUCCGUUAGCAGCCACGUUUGCGGAAACAUUUCCGAGUCGUGUCCUGCUGCAUCAAGUAGUCGUCACGCAGUCCAACCUGGCCCUGGUCGCAGAAAGGCUAUAUGACGCCCUGAGCGCCUACGAAAACGACUUUGUACAACAACGUCAGCGAGACACACAGGCCGCCGAAGCCACUGCUUUGCGAUCGGACGUGAUCAAGGAGGCAGAUGAGGACGAUGGAACGGAUGCGGAAGUAAUACCGGAUAUCAGGGAUUCUGUUUUGAAAACCGAAGCGGGCUCCCCGAAUAUCCGUUCUGCGCGGCAAUCGACUUACAAAGCUCUCAACACCGCGUUAUCGGCUGUCGAGCUCAUGCCGGACGAUUGUUUGGCAGCCGUGGUACUCUUGACGGACGGCGUCGCUGGUGGGCAAGGCGCCGGGGAAAGUGUAGCGCAGAAGAUACGUCGAGCGUUGUCAUACCACAACGCCGUAUGCACAGUAAUUCAGAUCGGUUCGGAGGACGGGUACAACCCAGCCAUCAACUUUGGCCACGUUCCCGACAACGAGUUCCUGCGGUUUCUUGCCGUGUGUGCCGCUGGAACAUUCCUGUAUGGCGCAGAUUGCAACUACAUGGAUCCCGCCACCGGUGAAGAACUUUCAGCAUAUGCGUUUCCUCCUCGCCCAAACUUCUACCAUCGGCAUCUGCUGAUGCAUCGUCGAUUGUUGUCAAAGUUGUCCUCAGAGAAUCCAUCUCGCGUUGUAAGCAGAGGCACUCGGGACCGGCCAGUUGACUGCCCCCGCAAUCGCCUCCUGCAUACCAACGUCGAUGUCAACCAGAUCAUCACACGCGAAGAGGCCUUCUAUCCGUGGAAACCUAACAGCAAACCCCCGGUCGUUUCUGAGAUCCUCUGUGCAUAUCGAGACUAUACCGUCAACGUCCCCUUGCAACACAUCGUAGAAGCCCGGCUCCGGGACGGCUUUGUCUUGAGAUGUGUUUCGGUGCAUCAAAGGCCUAACCGACCUGCGAAGGUUGAGAUCACGCUCACUCUGCCGUGGUUUCCUAACGUUACCGUCGUAUACACCAUCAAAACCAUCUGGCCUGGUCCGCAUACCUCUGUGCUUACCAAUCGCGCUCGGAGCAAAACGGCCCGCAUUGAGUUGAAUAUCUUGGCUCCUCAUGCAUUUGCGGUGCUGUUUAUCAAUGUUCAGGAUCUAGAAGCGAGGAUCAGCGUUCCCCAUUCUAUGGAGGCUAAGCUAGUGGUGUUGCAUCAGCAUUUGAGGCGGCUGUGCGAAAGUGAUGACGCUCUGAAGGUCGUAGCAUCAUUCAACUCCCAUUACGCGCUCUCUGCGGUUCCUGCCCAUGAUCAGCAAAGGCUCAAUGAGACUGCGGAGCUUCCCCUCGACCUUAUCCACGCUAGGGACACCGCCGCUGCGAAUGAAAGUCCAGGUGCGCAAAACAACUUCUGGCAUGUCCUUGCACAGAUCGUGGACCAGUACUCCGAUGCUUUCCUUGAGCUAUCGCGCUACGUUGUACUGCGCUCGACGUCAGGAGGAGGGGACAAUAUCCUAUCGGCACGGCGACAAGUGGCGGCCAUGUAUCUUACGGAUCACAUCGCCUCUGAAUGGCGAACGUUCUCGAUUGAGAGUGGGAUUCAUGUCAAAUUCGUGUAUGACGAAAAGGAACCACGGCAGGACGUGGUGGAUGAGGAAGGGUCACACUUUGACGAUUUCCAGGAGGCACACGCAACGAGACCUACAGGCUUCUGCUUGCUGAAACUUCUCUGGGAGAACGAAUGCCUCGUUCAACUUCAAGGCUUGUUCUUCAACGUCGAAGUCGACCAACGACAAUCUAUGAUGGACGGCCUUGUCACAGCAAUCGGCAGUAUCGACCAUUCGGUCCGGUUGUCAGGUGUUGCAUUCAAACCACUCAUUGUGUGCGACAAGCCCGUAGGCAGGCUUCUCGUGAGCUAUGCUGGCGAGUUUGACCCCGGCGGCGGUCAGAGUCCUCAUCGUGGGCGAUCUCCUCAAGUGCCGGAUUCUAAUGACAGUGGGGGUGAUUCCAAUGACGAUGCUGCCGACUCGCCAUUGUUUGUCAAUGUCAAAAAGGGUGUCAAAACGCCUCCUCAAUCUAUGUCGCCUGACAGCAAAAUGCGACACAUUUUCAGUACGAUUCGGGACAUUCUUGUUCCUCAGGCGGUGCUGAAAUCGUACCUCCGCCACUUCCGCUUUGUCUGGCUGGCGGAUAUCCCGUCUGACGCGAUCGACCUGUCGCAGCGCGGAGGAAAAAUGCGUCUCGAUGAGCUGGUCUUCACGAUUCUCUACUACAAGCGACUACAAGAAGGUUUCGUGCCCGUUAGCGAGUCGGUAAACUCUAUCACGCUUUAUCGGGAAGCAAGACUUCCAAAGAGACGGGCGCGAGCCCAACUCACGUCCGGCCGUUCCUCAGAGGGUAGCGCUCGGAACAAUAUCUCAGAUUGUACAAAGUGCGCUGUGCAGUUCGUACUUCUUCGUGAUCCCACCUGUAAUGUAGUGACAACGGAGCUAUUCGUGGAGCCCAUUGUGGAUGGGCCUGCGGGCUCGGGCGCAGUCAGCAAGGAAAGCUUGGAAGACGUGCCGGUCUCGACCCUUUUCCGAGAACAUUUCGAUCACCUGAAGGAACGGAUAUUCGUGGAGGACAAGAAGGUAAUCGGGAAGCUCUACGGUUUCGAUCGUGUCCAUGCCAUCGGUACGGCCGGUGGAGGGGAUGCAAUACUGAGAAGUCGGAAUCCGCAUCCGAAAAGUUUUGGAUUACAGCGGUCUUCGACAAUCGUCAGCACGCAGUUCAACCUCUGCAACGUGCUCAAAGAUGGCUCUUUCGCGACUUUUGCGUAUUGCUUUCCGAGAGUCGACGAGGAGAUGGAAGAUCUUACCGAAGAUCAAAACGCGAUUCAAGUCGAAGAUCCGUUCUUCCCUUCUCGCACAAUGGAAGCAGUCACGGUUUCGUCAUCGACGGGCCGUCCGCAGUCCAUGCCUACUGCUCAAGGUGCCGCGGAGUCAGCACGCCUCACAGUCCGGCCUAAAAGGCACUCAGAUGAUACCGCUCAAAUCCAACCCACUCAGGACGGCAACCCCAGCGCUGGUGCAACCCCGCGACGUCACCCACCCGACGGGGCUCUACACUUGUCCAUACCGUCUGAACGAUUGAACUUCCCGGUCACACUAACGAAGGAGAGUCCCGGUUCGUGGUCGACAUUGGAGGCUGUCUACCGCGCCAGAAACGCUAGGGAGUGGGUGCGGCUGACUUUAUGCAGCUACAUGGAACGAAUUCUGGCUAGGAUCACGGACGGUGAGAUCACUUCUUCCUGUGACCAUCACGCACCUGCUGGGAGCUCUACAAGUCUGGGAGGUCUUGUCGGGACGAAGGGCAACUUUGGAAAGGACAAAGCGCAUGACGAUCUCCUACUUUGCAUCAAGGCGGCCGUGGCCCAUAGUGCAUCCUCUGAGGCAACUUCAGGAAUCGGAGGAUUGCUGCUGACGGCGAUUUCUGACAGCAGAUGUUAUGUGAAAAUACGAGACGAGAAGUCUUUCCUCGUAGUCUUCAUGCCCAUGUUGUCAACACAGCUUACCUUCCCCUCCCACCGGAGCAGUGUCACCACUGUACCGGCUCUUGAACAGGAUCAAAACCAUUCUCGUUUAGAGGCGGGAGACGCGCAGGAGGAGGAAUGCACCCACUUGGCACUGACGGUCAUCGAAUGCUUCAGGACAGCUCCGCCACAUGGUGGCGUCCCUAUCACAAGCACUGCACCAUUUGAACCGCUGCCGAUUGUAAAGACUUCAGGGGAGCACGUGGUAGUCCAGGCAGGGGGCAUAUCGCCUCAAGCCAUUCAGUUGAUAGCCACGGGUCCCACUUGUGCUCUUGCAACCUCCAGCAUAAGUAACUUUGGAAGCGAAGGAAAUUUGGAAGCACGUAUAUCGGACCUAGGAACGGCGUUCGUCAAACACAUCAAGGAUGGAUACUACACCGCAUUCACGAAGAGCGUGUAUGCUGCUCUGCUUGAGGGCUAUCACGUCGACGCGAUGGAUGUAAUUCAGGCAAUCGCACCAUGUGUUCAAACUAAUAUCAGUAUCGAUCUUACACGGUUCCUGAACGUGCGUAUGCACAAAAGCCAACAGUCUCGGAAGCAUGUUGAUAACAAGUCUGAGGAGACGGAUAUUCAACGGCGAUUCCGAUUGCUACUCUCUGAGUGCCUGAUGCCGAUUCCGAAAGCCGACGAGCGUGAUUGUGGCAAUGUCUAUUACUUCCGCCCGAAGUUGGCCAACGUUGGUUCUUCCCGAAUCCAUUCUGCACCGCAGACCGCACCGAUAGUCCCAAAUCGGCUCCUCGCGAAAACUCGGCCGAUGUCUGCGGUACCAAACCCGGCUACUGGGAAGGCCAGUCAUCUUCCACUACACUUUGACUAUGCGAACAGCGCUUUGGAGUCGGGGGCAUCUCAAAGAGAUUAUCCGCUGGCCUUGUCGAGAUUGUUAGAGUGUGCUGAGACGCCCCUAUUCGUGAGGGUCGAAUGCACGUUUGCGAAGGAAGGGGGUUCAAACGAAGCAGAGCAUCUUAAUGUUCCCGUCACGGACCUGCCUACCUCUUACCCAGCAUCGGUAAUGUCCAAAAUGGAACAUGUUCCUUUUACAUCGACCGCUAGGGAAGCAGACCAGUCUACAAUCGCGGAUCGUGACUUCCCGCCCAUUGCGCACGGGGAAGAUGUGAGCCCUGGUGCAAGCUCGGACGGGAUCUCCGCUUUCUUGCGACUCAUAUGUCUGACGGCGUUGCCCACUCGGCCAUUCGAAAUGGAGGGCUCUCCGGGUCGCAAGAAUGGCGGCGAUACGGAGUCGCCCGAUGUCAAUCAUUUUGGUGUUUCUCAUGUAGAUUCGGAGAAGCGCCAGGCUAUCGAGAAAGUGACGCGUGGCAUCGAAUGCUUGCUAGAGGAUGAAAUCAUGCACUCCUUGCUCGGUAUACGACCAGUCAAGCCAUCUAUCUUGCAACUCGUCGAAGGCAUUUUGAGGAAGCGGCAUGGGGUUGACACGCAACCGAUUUUGCAAGCGGAUAAGCCAAGUUCGAUACCGCCGUCGCUUGAGCUUGAACCGAGCAUGUCGUUCAGUGUGCCGCUGUGCCUCGUCACGGGGUCAGUCGGCAUGGAAAUGUUUGAGGCUGAAUUGAACGGUCUGGAUAUCGGUAUCGGGACUGUCCACGUUUUGAGUGGUGUCUUCUAUGUCCCAGAUGAGGGUCUGAGAAGCUUGCAUAGCGAGACAUCCUUUAUACCUGGGGAUCUCAGCUUCGAAGAAAACGAACACAAGAUCAACUGCGAUGGUCCUGCCCAUCAUACCGAGGGUCACCCACCGGACGCACCCCAGAACAUGUGUGAAGAAGGAGACAAACCGUCUGGGUCAGACUUCGAAGAGCAUGAGGAGCAACACGAACCGCAAUACUGGCUCAUUGCAACCAUCGUGGACCAUUCAGUGCAGAUGUAUUUCUUUUCUAAGAAUGUUGAUCGGUACAUGCGUCUCUCCAUAACGAGCAAGUUUCGGGAGGGCAUCACAAACUGCUGUGAACGCAUCAACCGAAAAUACCUUCUCGAUCAAUUGAGUCAAUCGCAUUUGGCCAGUGAGUAUCUUAUACCGGGGACUCUCGAAGAAAGGGGAAACCCCCGAAUGUCAUCUGAUGAACGCGACAUCUAUCGCGAAAGAAUGGAUGCCAGUCCGUCACCUCCGCACUACGGAGUCGAAGAUCGGUUUCCUCCUGGGCGAUUUGCUUGUUCCCUGGUCUUCCGCCAUCUAUUCCCGUUGCAUUGGAGACUAAAACCACAACAGGCCCUGAACACCAUUCUCAUGGCUUUGCAAGCAUUUGCGAUCGGGAAUCGGAGAGGAAUGUUUGUCUUUGCUAGCCAAGAUUUUACCUUCUACAUGAAGAUCUCAAUCGAAGGGGGCGAAGUCGACAAAACAAAGGAUGGGAAUGACGGAGGCUCUGAACCAGCGUAUAUGCUCCUGCAUGAUACGGACAUACUACCUCGAGCAGCCCGCACCGGAGUUGAAUCACCGAAAGGUGCUGCCUCACCAUUGAUGAGGAGAUCGACGGUCUCUAGUUUGGCAGCACAAUCAGUCUCGUCUGCUGGCGGGUCAACGAGCAAUCUGCGCAAUGCCGAGCACUUCCUUGCUCUUGAUGUCUUUGGGAUCGAUUCUCCGGGACCUGAGAUAACCAGAGAGUUUGUUUCCAUGGUUCAGCUGAAGAUCAACUCUCUUACGCAGCUGGUGUUGGGCUCAUUCUUGGCUCGCAACGUGGCUACCAAACUCACACCGGCGGAUCUGGAUUUCAUUCUGCCAACUGGCCGAGGAGUUCCACCCAAUCGGACUCGAUUCUUGCGCCUUCCUUCGUUCGUGCACAAUCCGUACAUGUUUCUGUUGCUGUGGAGGCAGCCACUUAUGCAGUGGAUGCAUCUACUCGGGGGUGCCGGCGUCGUGGAAAGUUUGAAAGCGCGAUAUGAAGAGGCCUACGGAUGGGCUGAUCGCCAGAGCGAAAGCGAGCUGAGGUACGCACAAAGUCAUCCCUGCAUAAUCUACGCUUGACUUUGAACCUUGCUGAACCCCGGCCGAACAGAACUGGGCCGAAAACCACAACAUACGAGAUUCAGUUCUCAGACUUCGCAUUCCUCUACAACUCCGUUCCUGCCAAGAACCUGACGCAGAUGGAAACGGUCGUCGGACAGGGGAUCGCCUGCGUAUCCAUGGCCUUACUUGGGGACACAGGGAAAGUUAUGAUUGAGGUUCCGGA